GCCCCCGCCGCCCCCGCCCCGCCCUCAGCGCCCCCCCUCCCGGGUCCCCCGGCACUAUGGGCGACAACACCAGCCCCAUCAGCGUGAUUCUGGUGAGCUCGGGCAGCAGGGGCAAUAAGCUGCUGUUCAGGUACCCCUUCCAGAGAAGCCAGGAGCACCCGGCGUCCCAGACAAAUAAGCCUCGCAGCAGAUACGCCGUCACCAGCACCGGAGACCAUGCCGAGGACCAGGACGGGGAUUCCAGCAAGCCGUGUCCUCCAACCGAUGAGCGAUUGGUUGCAGGGUUUUCGGAUGUCAUUCUGGCAACAAUUUUGGCAACCAAGUCUGAAAUGUGUGGCCAGAAAUUUGAACUGAAGAUUGAUAAUGUGCGGUUUGUUGGACACCCGACCCUGCUGCAGCACGGCCUGGGGCAGGUUUCAAAAACAGACCCAUCUCCGAAGAGGGAAGCCCCCACGAUGAUUCUUUUUAAUGUGGUGUUUGCGCUGAGGGCCAACGCGGACCCAUCGGUCAUCAACUGCCUGCACACGCUGUCCCGGCGCAUCGCCACCGUGCUGCAGCAUGAGGAGCGCCGCUGCCAGUACCUCACACGGGAGGCCAAGCUGAUCCUGGCGCUGCAGGACGAGGUGUCCGCCGUGGCUGACGCGAGUGAUGGUCCUCAGUCCCCGUUUCAUCAUAUCCUGCCCAAGUGCAAGCUGGCCAGGGACCUCAAGGAGGCUUACGACAGCCUGUGUACGUCCGGUGUGGUGCGGCUGCAUGUCAACAGCUGGCUGGAGGUGAGCUUCUGCCUGCCCCACAAGAUCCACUACGCUGCCUCCAGCCUCAUCCCCCCCGAGGCCAUCGAGCGGAGCCUCAAAGCCAUCCGCCCGUACCACGCUCUGCUGCUGCUCAGUGACGAGAAGUCCCUGCUGGGCGAGCUGCCCCUCGACUGCUCCCCGGCCCUGGUGCGCGUGAUCAAGACCACGUCCGCCGUGAAGAACCUGCAGCAGCUGGCCCAGGACGCAGACCUGGCCUUGCUGCAGGUUUUCCAGCUCGCCGCCCACCUGGUGUACUGGGGCAAGGCCAUCAUCAUCUACCCGCUGUGUGAGAACAAUGUCUACAUGCUUUCUCCCAACGCCAGUGUGUGUCUGUACUCCCCGCUGGCCGAACAGUUCUCCCGCCAGUUUCCAGCUCAUGACCUGCCCUCUGUCCUUGCUAAGUUCUCCUUGCCCGUCUCCUUGUCAGAAUUCAGGAACCCCCUCGCCCCCCCUGUGCAGGAGACCCAGCUCAUUCAGAUGGUGGUGUGGAUGCUACAGCACCGGCUGCUGGUGCAGCUGCACACCUACGUUUGCCUCAUGGCCUCGCCCAGCGAGGAGGAGCCCCACGCCCGGGAGGACGAGGUCCCCUUCACUGCCAGGGUCGGCGGCCGCAGCCUCAGCACGCCCAAUGCUCUCAGCUUUGGCUCCCCAACCAGCAGUGACGACAUGACGCUCACCAGCCCCAGCAUGGAUAACUCCAGCGCGGAGCUUCUGCCUGGAGGGGACUCUCCCCUGAACAAGAGGAUGACAGAGAACCUGCUGGCCAGCCUGUCCGAGCAUGAGCGGGCAGCCAUCCUCAGCGUGCCUGCGGCCCAGAACCCCGAGGACCUCCGCAUGUUUGCCAGGCUCCUGCACUACUUCCGCGGCCGCCACCACCUGGAGGAGAUCAUGUACAACGAGAACACGCGGCGCUCCCAGCUGCUCACGCUGUUCGACAAGUUCCGCAGCGUGCUGGUUGUGACGGCCCACGAGGACCCGGUUAUCGCUGUCUUCCAAGCGCUGCUCCCAUGAGCCGGGCCCAGUACGACAGCGAGGAAGCGGCAGGUUGCUGCUGUGGGCGCUGGGCUGUCCCCCCGCCCCAGGCCCCCCACGCUCCCUGCUAGGCCGAGCCCUCUGAGGCCUGAGUGGAUCCAGCAGCAGCCUUGGGGCUGCUGCCCUCCCUGUUCUCGUCCUCACCUGGUCCUUAAACCGCCUCUGUGUCUGAGCGGAGGAGACGAGGCUCCCGCUGGAGGGAGUGUCCAGGACUCGGGCCUGCGGGCCGCCUACGCAGAGUCAGGGUGUGCUUCUCUCAGACCCUCCUCCCAACCCUGCCCUCUUUCCUUGGUCCCAUCCGCUGCUGCCUUCCUCAUGGCCACCCUGGGACUUACAGAGAACGGUGUCUGACAGAGAGCGGAGGAGAGCCCGGCUGUGCCCUGUGCCCUCUGCUGCUCCCGUGAGUCCUGGGCCUUUUGCAGCCUGGCCCCUGCAACGGCUCUUGUGUUCACCAGGAGCCUUGUGACCAAGCUCUCACCACCAGCACCCCCAACCUGGGACUCCUGCCGCACAAGGGCCUGGGCCGUUGCCUGUCUUUGGGGUGAGUCUGCCCUGGUGCCCUCCAGCUUCCCUCACACAGACCUGAGGGACAGUGUGCCCAGCCUGCACCCGCAGGGCCUCCAGAGUCCGGUGCUGGAGGGGAAACCGACUGCAAGCACAUGUUGACCCCUGAGGGGGCUCUGGCCGAGACACAGGCAAUAAUGUUUUCUAGUCAUAAAGUGUUUAUUGGGUUUUUAUAGAAUUAAAAAGACUCGUGGGCGCAGACGCUCACUGCGGGCC